CACAAGCAAACAUCCAAAAAGUUAAAAAAAAAACAAAACACGCCUCCCAAACAAAGCCUUCAAAGUGAGAACCCGCCCAAAAGCCAUAAGACCCGUUUGUCAAAAGCAGAUCGAGUGUGAGUGAGUGAGUGAGUGAGUGGACAGAUACAGUGAGAAAAAAAAACAAAGAGUAGAGAGAGAAAGUUAGAGAGAGAGAGGGAGGCGAUAAUGGCGGUCUCUGUCUCCAUUUUGGCCAUCGUCACUUCUCUUCACCUAAUCGCCUUCGUCCUCGCCGUCGGCGCCGAACGUCGACGAAGCACGGCUAAAGUGGUACCGGACAAAUACGAUGAGCGUACCUACUGUGUAUACGGUUCCGACGCGUCAACGGCGUACGGACUGACGGCUUUCGGGCUGUUGCUAAUCAGCCAGACGCUGGUUAACGGCGUUACCAAAUGUCUCUGCUUCGGCAAAGGGCUUAUGGGUCGGACUUACACCACUUGUGCCAUCUUCUUCUUCAUCUUCUCCUGGGUAAGCUUCUUGGGGGCAGAGGCGUGCUUAUUGGCAGGGUCAGCGAAGAAUGCAUACCACACCAAGUACCGAGGAAUCUUUGGUGGGAUGGAGUUAUCAUGCUCCACUCUCCGGAAAGGCGUGUUUGGUGCUGGGGCUGCAUUGGCAUUGUUAUCGAUGUUUGGGUCUAUCCUAUAUUAUUGGGCCCAUUCUAGGGCUGAUACCGGUGGAUGGGAAAAGCACCACAAUGAAGGACUUGGCAUGACGACUUCUAAUUUUUCAGAGGACCAGCACCAUCAAAGAACCGGUGAAUUUGAGAAGGUUUAAUCAUAUAUAUAUGGGGGUUAGUGAACACAGUUUUGGUGACUUGUUGAUAAAAUUGUGAGAAAUGAGAAGUCAUAUUAUUGAGCUGUGUAGUGUAGGUAAAGUAGGUAAAUGACUUGUGUUGGGAAAAAAGUAUCACUAUGUUUGUCUACCUCCUUUGCCAUUUUUAUUUUCCUUUUUUUUUACCUUGGUAUUGUAUUUAUGUCAUUUUCUUGUUACAUGUACCAACUUAAAGCAGAGCUUUUUAAUUAAUGUGUUUUAGUCAA